GAAGGCGGUGCAGUGGGUGAGGGAGAAAGCUGCGAGUUCUGCCGACGUUCCUCGCCAAGGACUGCGGCAGCUCAACCACCAUCGACAUCACCAGCACCGCUGCCCCUCUGACGACAAGACGCCCGCCAUGUCUGCCAUCCCCAGGUCAAUCGGUGCCAGAUUCGCCCCCGCCCUGCGGCCCUCUGCCACGAGGGCCCUCGCCCCGACAUGCCGCGCAUACUCGACCAGCGAGUCCGAACCACACCAGCACAAGACGAGCCCCGACGAUGCGCCCGCCGUCAAGCUCAACCACGACUCGGUCCAGAUACGGGAAGAGAGCGCGUCCGAGGGCACGAGGCACAAGCCCGACUAUAAUGUUGCCGUCGACUACAGGACCUCCAACUUCUCGCCAAUUCCCAAGCGUGUCAUGGACGGAAGUGAGCCUGGCGAGAGCGUCGCCGCUGCUGUGCUCUCGGGUGCCCCAGUCGACCUCCAGGCGCGUACUGUCCGCAUCUACCGCCCCGCAAAGACAGCCACUCAAUCUGGUGACUGGAACGCCUCGCACUGGUUGAUGGACUGGGACGUGCUCCCCAAGGGCCACCGCUGGGAGAACCCCCUCAUGGGCUGGGCCUCGUCGGCCGACUUCAUGAACGGCCAACGUAUCCAGUUCAAGACCAAGCAGGACGCCGUCAACUUCGCCAACAAGCAGGGCUACGAGUACUUUGUCCAGGAGCCAAACGAGCGCAAGUUUGUCCCCAAGGCAUAUGCUAACCUUUUCACUUACAAGCCGGGCAAGCUCAAGGUCAUUCCCACCAAAUAAAGAGUUGGACUUGAUUGUGAUCGCGUCACGUGUAUAUAUUUCUUCAAUUGUUUCUUCUCAUCUGUCUCCUCUUCUGUCUGCUCGUGCAAUUGUCGUGAUCCUGUGAUUCUGGCACGUUGGUGGGGCUGCUCCUGCCCCAAACGUUGAUGGACAAGCAGUGAAUGUUUAUAGGGAAAUU